AGGAGGCUGAAGCGCCGACAUGGCCAUGAGGAUACUGGUGCUGAUGGUGGGGCUGGCAGCCGUGGCUCGGGGGGACAUCAGGGCCCGGGAUCCCGAGGUGGAGGAGGAGCCGGGGGUGGCGGGCACGGGACGUGGGGGCUGGGAGCGGGUCAUCCCCGGCGUUCUUGGGCCGCACCACCGCGGCGGGACGCACGGGCACAGGCCGGGCGCCCUGGGGCCCGCACACCACCCUCUGGCCCACGGGCAACCCCCAACGGGACCGGUGCAUCACACCCCUCUGGGGCUUCCAGAAGAGGCGGCGCACCCCACGGGAGAGGCAGGGGCCACCCCCGCUCGUACAGGGAACUGGUGUGCAUUUGUGCACCAUCAAGUUGUGACCACGGCGGUUUCGUGUGGCACUGAGAAGUACACCAUAAAGUCCCAGAGCCCCUGUCCCAACGGCACGCCUGACUGCCAGCUGGUCAUGUACAAGCUGUCCACUCGGCCUGUGUACAGACAGCAGCAGAAGAUCUUCACAGCCCUGCUCUGGAGGUGCUGCCCGGGCCACGGAGGACACAACUGCGAGGAGACAGUUGCAGACGGCCAUGUCUCAGACUCCGGCAACCGGACGGCGGAGGGCGGCGUGCCGGGGGCCUCCGGGGCCUCCGGGGCCCACCACGCAGGUCCUGAGAGGCUGAUGCAGCUGGCUGGGGACAGGAACUGGGAGCAGAAUGACUUCCAGGUCACCGGUGGACCCCCAUACGAGGCGGACCACCCAGAGCGGGAGCUCCGAGCCGUCCCCUCCACCACCGUUUCGGACUACGACCUUGAUCUUGAGCCCACCCCGGAGCAGGACCCCGACCACAACCACAACCACAACCACAACCACGGCCAUGACCGCGACCAUUACCAGGAGUAUGACCAUGACCGUGUGCAUGAGCACAAACACGACCAUGACCAAGACCACGAACACAACCACGAACAUGACCAUGACCACGGCCAAACCGGUCCAUUUGCGGUGGACAUGCCGCCGGGCUCGUCCCCGACCCCCGACGCCGCCGAGCUCCUGCCCCUCGGCCACGUAAUGGAGGCCCUGAUGGCCCGGCUCCAGCCGGUGCUGGACGGCUUCAACCGGAGCCUGGAGCGGCUCUCGCGGGAGGUGGACGGGCUCUCCCGGGACCUGGCCCAGCUGAAGGAGGACGGCGAGGCCCGGGGGGCCGGGGGGGAGGACUUCGAGGCAAAGCUGGAGGACAGCUUCCACCAGAUUGACCAGGUGAGGGAGCUGCUGAGCGCCCAGCACGGCGAGCUGGAGGAGAGGCUGCACUCCCAGCAGGUGGCGCUACAGUACAACCUCACCAACUUCAAGACCAGCACUGACGUCAAGAUCAAGCACAGCCAGAAGACCAUGCAGGUCAACAUUCAGGCCCUGAACGCCUCGUUAGCGGAGCUGAGGCAGGAGCAGGAGCGGCUCGGGGAGGAGCUGCAGAGGGAGGGUGCGGACAGGGGCGUCGCGAGCCAGAACCGGCUGGUGGAGGGCCCGGCGGUCUGGGAGGCCAUCGCGCGGCUGGACAACAAGGUGGUCAACAACACGGUGAAGGUCAACGCCCUGCUGGAGGACCUGGACCUGGCCUCCAGCAACAUCCGCGACCUGCAGCGCGGCUUCCGGGGCCUGGAGGACAGCAUCGAGCAGACGGGCCGCAACAGCCAGAUCCAGUUCAUGGAGACGGGCCUGGAGGUGGAGGCGGCCAAGGUGCAGGUGCUGAACCGGGUGAACGAGCUGGCCAGCAACCUCAGCAUCUACGACGAGCACCUGCGCGAGAUCGACUCCGACGUGGACUACCUCUACCAGCAGUUCUACAAGAACACCAGCGCCAGCGACUGCAACUGCAAGGCCCUCACGGCCACCCUGGCCAGGCUGGAGCAGGAGGUAGCCAACGCGACGGAGCUGGCCAACGAGAACAGGCUGGCCCUGGAGGAGAGCGCCGAGGGGCAGGACCGCUGGGAGGUGGGCUGGGGGACCUCUGUGGACGACCUGAAGCAGGGGCUGCUGCAGGUGCAGGAGUCCCUGGCCUUUGAGCAGGACAAGAGCCGGUCUCUGACCCUCAACGUCUCCCAGCUGCACGCCCUGCACGCCAAGACCGAGCAGGACAUCCGCGGCCUGCAGGAGCGUGACGAGGUGAAGGUGAGAGAGAUGCACCGGCUCGCCAGCUCCUUCUCCUCGCUGCUGAAUGACGCCAUCCGCCACACGGAGGUGCUGGAGGUCCUCCUCGGGGAGGAGGUGCUGGGGUUCAAGGACAAGUCCCUCCAGGAGCAGGAGGAGUACUCCAUCCCGCUCCUCCGAAAGAAGAUCCUCCAGGCACUGGACCAGAUCACGGGCCAGAACCUGAGCCCGAGGUCCACGCAGCCGGCAGACCCGGCCAUGAGGGACGAGGCCAUAUUGAGUGAAUGGGACUCCAGGGGGCUAAAGCGGCGGAGCGGAGACCAUAGACAUUCUCCCGAUUCUCCUAUGGGAGACCCUAGCCUCUCCGCCAGCAACUUCUGGAGCCUGGAGAAAGAGGUGCAGGACCUCGGGGCCCAGGUGAGCAGGCUGGAGCAGCAGCGUUGCCUCUCUUGCUGCAACUGCACAGGGAACGCUGUCCCCGGUGGUGCGGUGGAGGAACUGCAAGACGAGCUGGCUCUGCUGAGGAGGGGCCUUGAGGAUCACAUCCGAGUGUUCAAAAACAUCUUCAGUAACAUGGACGGCCUGGCCGGCUCGGAAGGCACCCUGGACCUGGACAAACUGUGGGCCUUAAUGAAGAAGAAGGAGGGAAGGAAGCAGAGGAGGAGGCAGAAGGAGAAGAACGAGGAGAGUCACAGUGGGAGGAGGGGCAACCUACGCAGCAAGAGGGAUGCAUCACUGGAGACAGCCGUGCUCAGUCAGAUCUCGGAUCCGCCCCUCAUGUUCCUCGCCGGCACCAACAACGGAGCCAAUGACACCGGCAUAGUGAUAUUCGAACAGGUUUCCCUGAACCGGGGACAGACGUACUCGCCCAAAUCGGGGACUUUCCGUGCUCCGGCCGCGGGAGUCUACUUGUUUGUGCUGACGGUGGAUUUUGGGCCUGGACCCGCGCUGGCUUACCUGAAGAGAGGCGAGGCGACGGCUGCCACCAUGCACCACAACCAGAGGAAACCGCCGGGACCCAUGACGCGCGUCUGCGUCCUGGAGCUGGAGCGGGGCGAGCAGGUCCACUUCGAGCUGUCGCAGGGGACGGUGGAGCACAGCAACCAGGCAGACAACACCUUCGCCGGACUGCUGCUCUUUCGGAACACCUGAAUUUUAACACUGACGACGUAAACGGGAGCAAAACUACAGAGGUGCCCAACGGACAGAGCAAUCAUUGGACGGCUGCUAUCCUACUGUGUUUCAAAGUGAUUUGUUGAAGUGGAGGUCAUAUCCAGGAGGUGUCUUUGUACGUUUCCUCUUUGAACGCUUAUCGUCAGUCUUAAAAACGCAACCAUACCUGAAGGUCACUCAUGAAAUGGCUGGUGAAAUGAUUGUGGAUUUACACUCAACCAUUUAAAGUAUGUUUAUGGGGGGAAAGAGGACACUCGGGCUCUCAAUAUCACAUGUGAGCUGAGCUCUAGUGAUUCAAAAGUAAGCAGCCUGCGCGCACACACACAUGUACUCACACGUACACACACACUCUCCUCUGAGAAGACCUCUGAAAUGUGAAUCACAAGACCGGGGGCCACAGUGACAGUGGAGAGAAGCAUGCCACAAAGUAGGCCACCACAAACACCACUACCAGUAAGUAUGGCUUACACAGGAGUCCUGAUAACCUGCAGUUAUACAAAACUGGCACCCUGGACACCUUCGGAGCUGCAGUG